UGAAAAUGAGAUGCUGAAGGAAUCCAGCAAGGCCUUCCAGGCAAUGACCGUGAAUUCGGCUAAGGAAAUCCUGAGGGCGAAGACAAUCGUAGAAGAGGAGCGUAGCGCGCACCACAAAGAGAUGAACGCCCUCAAGACCCAGCUAAACAUGGUCACCAUUCAGGCGCAGGAAAAAGAGACCGCUCUACAGAACAAACUUGCUCUGGAGAAGGCCCUCUACCAGGAGACAGAGGCCAAAUUAAAAGAAACUAAUUUGGAGUGGGAAGAGAAACAGGGAUCAGACAAGGCUCAGAUCAAGGAACUGUUAGAACGACUGGCAUGCGCACAAAAAUUAGGAACAUCUACCAAAUCAGAAAAUGAAGAGCUGAAGGAGUGUUGCACGGCCUUUCAACAAAAGGUGAAAGAUUUGACUGAGGAGAUGCUUGGGCUGAAGGAGAACAACAUGCAGGAGCGUAGCAUCCAUCAGGAUGAGGUUCAGUCCCUCCAGAGGAAUAUUGAGAUGAUGACCAUCAAGAUGGAGGAAAUGGAGACCGCUUUACUGCAGAAACUGGCUGAAGAAGAGGCCAGAACAGCCCAAGCCAAUGGGAAUUUUGUCAAAUAUAAAGACGACUUAAUCAAAGUGACUAAAGAGCGCCAGCAUUUUCUGAAGAAUGAGAUUAGACAUUUUCAGUGCAGAGCAGAGGAUAAUUUGAUGGCUUAUCGAGACGCUGAGAAUCAGCUAACCAGGGAAAGGAGAAAGACAGCUGAUCUGCAGGGAAGGCUGGAUGCACUAAAUGCUAAGUUGGAUCAGUGUUCCCAGACAUCCUAUUGGGCACUGGAUGCCACUGCUCAGGGAGGUGCUAAAUAUAAUUCAGAAAGAUCGGUAAGUUUUUUUUAUUUUUAAACACAGUAUCUGUGAUUAUAACUG